CUUCACCUUGUCCAAAAAAUCAGUGGGCUGGAAUUUAUUCCUGCUCCCAGCACCAACCAAGGAUCUGAACCCCCAGCCCUUCCCCAAACUGUUUUUUGUCCACUUCCUGCACAGGCAGUGACCACAGGGCUUUUCCAAGGCAGGAAAGCGCUGUCAGCUUUUCUGCUGGCACAGCCAGGGAUGGAGACACAUUCCCCAUCCACUGUGAGGAACCACAAGCCCCCAUCCAUGACUCCAGCACCUGGUCAGAGCUCGAGGAGGACCAGGGAGGCUUUACAAGAAAAGCACACAGACGCACCACGAGGACCUCAGCCCUUCCCUGCUGCUCUGGCAGUGGAGCUGAGGCUCCUGCAGGAGCUGAUGUUCCCCCGUGGUGUUCCCAGCUUGUCCAGCAGCCCCGGCACUGCCCUCGGAGCCCUCGUCCCUCGCAGGAGCCGGAGCCAUGCGCGUGGCCGUCAUCGGGGCCGGGGUGAUCGGGCUCUCCAGCGCCCUGUGCAUCCAUGAGCAGUUCCACGGCCUGGUGCCUUCCCUGGAGCUGGAGGUCUACGCUGACCACUUCACCCCCCACACCACCAGCGAUGGCGCGGCCGGGCUGUGGCAGCCCUACCUGAGUGACCACGGCAACCUGCAGGAGACGCUCUGGAAUAAAGAGACGUUCGAUUACCUCCUCGGGCACAUGCACUCCCCAGCGGCCAAGGAAAUGGGACUUUACCUCAUUUCUGGCUACAACCUGUUCACGGAGCCGGUGCCGGACCCAUCCUGGAAGAACAUUGUCCUGGGGUUCAGGAACUUGACACCAAAAGAACUCGAACUCUUCCCUGGUUACAGCUAUGGCUGGUUCAACACGGCGCUGAUGCUGGAGGGCAGGAGUUACCUGCCCUGGCUCACCAACAGGCUGACACAGAGGGGAGUGAAGUUUUUCCAUAAGAAGGUUGAGUCUUUCCAGGAGGUGAGUGAGGAUGGUGUGGAUGUGGUGCUGAACUGCAGCGGGAUGCGCGCGGGGGACCUGCAGCCCGACCCAGAGCUGCAGCCCGGCCGGGGCCAGAUCAUCAAGGUCCUGGCCCCCUGGGUGAAGCAUUUCAUCAUCACUCACGACUUGAAAUCUGGGAUCUACAACUCGCCCUACAUCAUCCCGGGGAGCGAGUUCACGGUGCUGGGAGGGAUCUACCAGCACGGGAACUGGAGUGAGGAGAACAGUGCCAAGGAUCACAAAUCCAUCUGGGACAGCUGCUGCCGGCUGCUCCCGCCUCUCCAGAAGGCGAAAAUCGUGAGUGAGUGGAGCGGCCUGAGACCAGCGCGGUGCUCAGUCCGCCUGGAGCGGGAGAGCAUCCGCCUCGGGAAUCUCCAGGGAGAGGUGAUCCACAACUACGGCCACGGCGGGUUUGGGAUCACCAUCCACCGGGGCUGUGCCAUGGCAGCAGCGCGGCUCUUCGGGAGCAUCCUGCAGGAGAAGCAGCAGCCGGGCACCCCCCCAGGGCCCCGCUUGUGAGCGCUGCUCCCCUGGAAUGUGUGACAGCAGCAGCUUAGGGGUCACAGCAGGAGGAUGGGAACAACACAGGGACACACACGCGGGCUGC